GGAAACCGGUUCCCUUCCGGAGACGCCAUUUUGCCGUGAGACAGCAGCAGCCGCAGCAGCAGUCCGGGAAGCGGCGGGGUUUCUGAAGCUAACGAUGCUGUCGACAGCAGGCUACGCCGAGCCCGCGCUUGGCCUGGGUUGUGAGGCGAAGCAGGGCUCUGCGGUGCAACACCGCUUCUCCCCUUACACCUUCAAUGGCGGGUGAGUAUCUGGCCGCCGGCCUGGCAACCGCUUCCUGUCCUCUCCUUUUGUACUCGGCUGCUCGGUCCGGGCUGCCCAAAUUACGGCGGUUUUUGCUUCGCGAUCAGCCCUACUUCCUAGUGUUUGGCUUUUAUGUCUUCGAGACGUGCUUGUUUUAUUACAAUCCGACCCCACCUUAUGGCACAGCUACGUUUCCCUUUUUUUAAGGGAAAUUCCCUUAUUCCGAAUAGGAUUCCUCGCAAGAAAAGGGAAAAGUUGACAGCUAUGCCUUAUGGGCCGUAGAAGGUCGUCCCCCCCCCCCCUUCAAGACGGCUUCCAAGUUUAAAACACUAAGGACAGCUUUAAAGAUGAAUGCAAUCACCAAGAGCAUCAAAUCGCUGCCCUCCUGUGAGAGCCCACAGUUAUCACGGCCUCCAUAUGCUCACCCGAAGGUCUCGACAGAGUUGGUGUGCUUUUCCAGAUCAAGACUUGUACAAAAUAGUUUUAAUCCCACCCUCCCAGUCUGCCCAGCCUUUUUCUCAUGGAUUUUCAGGUUUUCCCGUUGGUGAGGGUGGCUCCUCCUUGAUUCCCUCAGUUGUAUUUCAUCUCUUAACCUUACGUAUAUCCGAUUUUCUUUUUAUUUUAAUUCAGAGUUCUGUCUGUAUUUUUUCAGUUGUACAAGUGCACUAAGGAAAAACAAUAACCAAGGGGAUUUGGGGGGGGGGGGAGAGACUCUCUGUUAGUCUGGCAUCCUGUUUUUGAGCAAAAGUGCUGAGAUCUGGCUGCUAUGUCAGUGAAACUCCAGUUUUGAGUGCUUUCAAAGAAUGCACAACCACGUAUAUGCAGGCUGUUUUUGGAUCUGGGCAGGAGUGUGGCAUGCUUGCACACACUCCACUAACAUUCACAAAUGACCCAGAAUGCAACCCCUGUUCAAAUCAGGGGUUGCCUGUAUCUGAUUCUCUGGUAUAAAUGUGGAUCGAUAACUCAGGGUAGAAUGACGAGAGUCAAUAAAUGACAGGAUUACACUCCUGCUGAAAGAGUGGGUACCUUACUUGGGGUAUUCCUGAAUCCAUUGCUGUCGCUUGAGGCUCAGGUAGCCUUGGUGACACAGAGUGCUUACAUCAGCUUCAUCUGAUGGCCCAGCUGUGCUCCUAUCUGCACAGAGAUAGCCUAACCUCUGUUGUCUAUGCUCUGGUAGUCUGCAGGUUGCAUUACUGCAAUGCAUUAUGCGAUUAUGUCUUCAAAUACUCGUUAGAUGUGUUUUUUAUUGGAACAAUCACAACGGCAAAGCAAAAUCUAUAAUACUUGUAGGAUUUCUAGUUUUUGUGUUGCUGAGCUGAAUUGUUUGCUAAAUCCUAAGUACCCAGAAACAUUUGUUCCUUUUUUUGUCUUAAAGGACUAUAUUGGCAAUUGCUGGUGAAGACUUUUCUAUUGUUGCCUCAGACACCCGACUGAGUGAAGACUAUGCAAUUCAUAGCCGGGACAGUCCAAAAUGCUACAAACUGUAAGUUUAACUUAAGAGAACCUAAAAUUGUAAUUGCCCUAUAAUCAUCAAGAGCAUCAUGUCUUUGUUGCAGCUAACUUAAUUCUUUAUAAUUUUGCUUUUUGAAACAGGACUUCACUGAAGCCUGGUGUUUCCAUAAGCUUCAUUUGAUUUCUUAUAAACUCAAGUAUCUCAAACUUUUAGCUAGAAGGAUGAUAACUAACUGACAGUGAUUUUGCCUAACAUGGCUGUAUCUUAUCUAAUAUGCCAUCUGGUAAAAUGGUGAAAUUCUCUGGCUGUGUUCCUCCAUCCUUCAUGGCAAGCAGCUUUUGAAAAUGAAAGAGCUGUUUAAAAGCACAUUGCAGUGUGGAACGGAGGGGGAGCCUGCUAUUCAAGUACACAAAAAGUUGUUUCAGGGCAUGCUUUUGAGUACACGUGGGCUGCAAACCUAAGUACAGUGGUGCCCCGCAAGACGAAUGCCUCGCAAGACGGAAAACCCGCUAGACGAAAGGGUUUUCCGUUUUUGAGUUGCUUCGCAGGACGAAUUUCCCUAUGGGCUUGCUUCGCAAGACGAAAAUGUCUUGCGAGUCUUGAGAUUUUUUUUCGCUCCCCCCCCCCUUUUUCUAAGCCGCUAAGCCGCUAAUAGCCUUUUAGCAGCUAAGCCGCUAAUAGGGUUGCUUCGCAAGACAAAAAAACCGCUAGACGAAGACACUCGCGGAACGGAUUAAUUUCAUCUUGCGAGGCACCACUGUACACUUACGAUGGAGUAAGCCCCAUUGAACAUGGCAGUAUUUACUUCCGAGUAAAAUACUGUGCUGCUGUAGUAGCUCUUGGAACAUUGGUAGGCCCAGUCUUUUCUAAAUAAGUAGUUUUAGUUUCAUUAUCUAACAUGGUUCACUUUGUCAAUGUCUUCUCUUGGGUAAUAUUCUUUAAAGUGAAACAGGAAAAACACUCAAUUACAUGCUUAUGCACAUCAUGGACAUUUCAGACUACAAAACCAAAAUGUUUUCUAUAAUAUUACUUCAGAAUUUUCCAGGGCAAAGAAAAGAAAUUUGCUAGGUAUGAGUAGUACCACAAACUUCACCACUCAUUUUUGCAUUAACUCAUUUAAUUGGAUGCAUGAAAUAUAUAGCCUUUUAGCUUUCUUAAUAGACAUGUCUCAUAGGUUCCAACUGGGGAUGCAUUCUUAGCAUAUUAGGAUAUACUCCUAGGUAAGUGGGUAUAGAAUUGUAGACUUAGUUUUAUUGUUUUAGGCUGGCAUACUAUGUAUCCACUUACUUGGGAGUGAGCCCCAUUGAACAUAGUAGGACUUACUUCUGCAUAGGGUUGUGUUGCUAGCUUUAUAGUAGAACAGUUUUUAAAUAGUUGCCUAGAUAUAAACAUUUGACUUGUAACCUUCUAUUAACAUCAGUUGAUCUUUUGUGAUGAUGGUACUUGUUAAUACUGUUUCCAUAGUAUUCUCUGUAGAUGGCAGGGUUUGUGCAAAGUACUAUAUGCUAUAUAAUACGCUAUGCAGAGUCUUGGGGCUAGUCCAGAUGUGCAUUACUGCCACUUUUCCUUUAUGUGAUUCUGUGGUGUCUUCGAGAACCUGUGAUCUGGUGGAGAAUGUAUCAAGUGAACCAAAGUACACUCAGGCACCAGUUAAGAACGUAAGCAAAGCUUUGCAAAAUCAGACCCAAAGGUUUGUGUGUUUCCAGAUGCUUCUGAGAAGCUGACAAGCCUCCAGCAACUGGUAUUUGGUGGCAUGUGGCCUAUGAAGAUGUAAGUUGUAUUUGGCCUUCACAGCUAGUACGUCACCAUCACAUCUUACAAGAAUGCAUUCCAUAUAAUUGCUCCAGUUGUGUGUAGCACUAUAUUCAAAUUGCAUGGGCCCAUGUGAUAGUGAGCACAGUUGCUUAUCGUCAUGUUGAAUAAAAACAGUAUCAAUGCACAACUGAAUCAGUCCUGGUUCUGCAUGUUAAGCAGUAAAGUUGUAAUUCGUACAACACCGCUUUAUGAAAAUUUGAAUGAGAGGAAUUCUUUGAUGUUUUUGUUUACAGUUGAUAUGUGUCAUAAUUGACAACUAAAGGUACUUUAACAAAAAAUCUUAUCUGAGAGUAUUCAUUGUGUCAAGAUUACUUAAAAUCAUAUUAAUGUUGCAUUUGUACAGGACAGAUACAACGGUCAUUGGUUGCAGUGGAUUUCAUGGAGAUUGCCUUACACUUACUAAAAUUAUUGAAGCAAGGUUAAAGGUAAAUUAUAUUUAUUUAUAUAUGUUUGUAAAUGGAGGCGGCCAAACGCUAGUAAAAGAAAUUGCCAAGAAAAUAGUUUUAAGCUUAGAAAUUCCUAUGGCAUAGUGGUGAAUCAAAUAUAAUUUCUCUGCACAACAGUGGAAGCUUGUGGAUUAGAAAGCAAAUUUGCGUUUUUGUUGUUCUUUAACCUCAGGGGUGUGUAUAAAACUUAAGUGGCUGUUCCAGUGUACAGUUACAACAUUGGGUGAUGCCAGAUGUUUUAAGGAACUCCUUUACCCUUUAAUGAUAACUAGUUUUUCUUGCCUGUUGGUAGAGUAGCCUGCUUAUGUAGGAGUCUGAAUCUGACCAUCUUGCCUGUUCUGCAGCUCAUUUCAGUGAAAGAUUCAGCAUGAACUUGUUUCUGUUAUAACAAUUUUGCCAUUUGAUUCCAGAUGUACAAACAUUCCAAUAACAAGACCAUGAGUGCUGGAGCUAUUGCAGCCAUGCUUUCUACAAUCCUGUAUUCUCGAAGAUUCUUCCCUUACUAUGUUUACAACAUAAUUGGUGGAUUAGAUGAAGAAGGUAAAGUCUAAUUUGAAUUCCAGUAUAUCUGAAGGAGCGUCUCCACCCCCAUCGUUUUACCCAGACACUGAGGGCCUUCUGGUGGUUCCCUCACUGCAAGAAGCCAAGUUACAGGAAACCAAGCAGAGGGCCUUCUCGGUAGUGGCGUCCACCCUGUGGAACGCCCUCCCACCAGAUGUCAAAGAGAACAACAACUACCAGACUUUUAGAAGACAUCUGAAGGCAGCCCUAAACAGGGAAGCUUUUAAUGUUUGAUGUAUCACAGUAUUGUAAUAUUUUUUGGAAGCCGCCCAGAGUGGCUGGGGAAGCCCAGCCAGAUGGGCGGGGUAUAAAUAAAUAAAUUAUUAUUAUUAUUAUUAUUAUUAUUGGUGGUAGUAGUAGUAGUAGUAGUAAAUAUAAGUCUCUCUUGCAGCAUUCAAAAUUUGCUAGGCGCCAAAUGUAUUUUGCACCUAGCUAUCGGGUGCUUGUGACAAAGUGAAGAUGUCUGCCUGAUGUCUCCACCAUCUGGAGGUGCAUGCCUGGAGAUCCUGGGAUCUUGCUUGUUUUCACACACUAGCAACACAUCCUGUAGAAUUAUAGCCGUGAAAUUAUAUCUGCACAAUCAAAACAAAUUUCAGGAACCCUGACAUUCAUGCCCAUGAAGCCCCAAGCCUUCUACUGCUCUGCAACAGUCUGGAGUAGCCACUCCUCCAUUCAAACCGACCAUACAUUGGCUAAGCAGAGAAUGGCUUGGCAUAAGGUAUGAACCAGGCCAUAGUUUUAAAAACUGAUUUAAAAAAUGUACAUUGAUUUAAAAUGCUCCACACAAAUCAUGAACUGAAAACUAAGGUUUGUUCUUGGUUUACAGUUCAUGGUUUACCACAAACCAUAAGCACAGCUUGAGACUUAAUGCUAAGACAAAUCAUAGCUCAGCCCUAGGUAGCAUGGUGGCAGCAGGGCCAGGGAUGGAGCACUGCAACUGCACUUUUUGUUCCAGGAACCCACACAAUGUUCAUUCAUGGCAAGUUGUGGUUUGCCUUAGAGUUGCAUAUGAAAUGGGCCAAUACCUGUUGGAUUUUUGGAAUUCAUUCUUUUGGGUUGUGUUUCGAGUUCAUUCUUUUGGAUUGUGUGAUUAAUUUUGUUAUACUUUGGUAGCUAUAUAAUUUCUCAUCCACUUUUAUCUAAGAUGACAGUUCAUUACUCUUUCUGUCAAAUCCACAUCAUCUGGUUCCAAACUGAAGUGGCUGCUAUAGCCUUUUGUGUGUGUGUCUGCUCCAGCUAUUAGACCUUAUUCAUGGUUGUUGCUUGUGAUUCUAACGUCAGCUUCUUUUUCUUCUUAAGGAAAGGGUGCAGUGUACAGCUUUGAUCCAGUAGGCUCCUACCAGAGAGAUACUUUCAAAGCUGGUGGAUCAGCUAGUGCCAUGCUGCAGCCUCUGCUGGACAACCAGGUAAGAUUUCAGACAUGACUCUCUGGUUAGUGGUUACAUAGACAUAGAAGUACAGUGGAACCUUGGUUCUCAAACUUAAUCCAUUCUGGAAGUCCAUUUGACUCCCAAAACCAUUUGAAAACCAAGGUGUGGCUUCCGAUUGGCUGCAGGAGCUUCCUGCACUGAAGCAGAAGCUGUGUCGGAUGUUUGGCUUCUGAAAAACGUUUGAAAACUGGAACACUUACUUCCGGGUUUUCUGCGUUCAGGAGCAGAUUUGUUCACCAACUAAGCUGUUCAAGAACCAAGGUUUGAUUGUAGUUGAAUUGUUUCUGAAGCACUUAAUGUUUCUUCUGUGCUUCUGAUGGCCUCCAUGUUUGACAUACAGUAGUUUUCACCUGAUAGAAAAUUAAGAGUAAGAAACAGACAAGUUUUAUAAACUAAUUUUCCAUACACAAGAACAAACUUGUAAAUGGCUACCUGCUUGGCAGCCUGGAACAAUUAGGAUUUGCUUCCAGAACCCCAGACACCAUAGCUUUAGACAAGUUUGGUGGUUCUUUCCUGUUAGCCUACUGAUGACUAAUGUAGGUAUUAUGUGAGCAGGUGGGCUGAUAAGCAUCUCUGGGGACUUCAUUUGCUCGGUUGUGAGUUCCUGAAAGAGUUGUCAUUCUAUAAAGCAGUGCUACUCUGGCUGACCAAGCAUGAUCAUGCCACAGGCAUUAGAAGGUCACCUAAAUAAAAAGGAAACAAUUUGUACUGGUGCUUUGUGCUUGUUUCAGUUUGUUUUUUAUUAAUUCAGAGAGGAUGACUAUUUUAUUUGCCAUAGCUGCAUUCAGAUAAUGCUUGCAUCCAUCACUUACCUUGAACAUGUGAAACUGCUGUCAUCUCAUCAUCAGCUGUCCGUAACUGUUACACUUUGAUGUCAUGGCAUUUAUGAAGAGUUGAUUUCCAGCAAUUGCAGCAAAAGUGAAUGUGCGAAUUUGGCCUUUAAUUUAUUCCCUUAUUCUGCCCCCGCCUCCAAAUGAAUGUAGUGAUCAUUUACCAAAUGACUUCCUUACCCGUUAUUUUGAUUUAAAUUUUUUUUAGUGGCAAAAUCUGGCCUGUAACAAAGUAGCCCUCAUCUUAAUUGUCAAAUGAAACUGAGAACAGAAAGGUUAAUUAAAAUGUCUUUCUUUUUGAAAGGUUGGCCUCAAGAACUUGCAGAAUGUGGAGCAUGUGUCUUUGUCUCUGGAGAAGGCUUUGCAGUUAGUCAAGGAUGUCUUUAUUUCUGCUGCAGAAAGAGAUGUAUACACUGGGGAUGCACUUAAAAUCUGCAUUAUCACAAAAGAUGGAAUUAAAGAAGAAAUGACUCCAUUGCGAAGAGACUAAAUCAGUGCACUGUACAUUUAAAGAAUUUUGGUGUGCAACCUUAAUUUUUGUGCAGGCUAUAUACUGCUGGUAUGAUAUUUGAUGUAAUAAAAAAGAAACCAAAGCUGUC